GCCAUCCUCAUUUGCAGGUACAACGCCGCGGCCGAAGCCCAUCGUCUUGUGCGACAUCUCCAAGACCCUUCACCACAUUUGCGCGCCCUAUCACCACACACAUACCCAAGCGCACUUUGACCAUGUCGAACCUUGAACCUCACCCGUCCCUUCCUGCGCGCCCGCCCGCCUCGUCGUACUCAGCACCGCCUCGCCACAACAUCAGUCCUGGGGUUGGAGCUUACCCCAGCGCCGCUCCAGCUUUCGGGGGCUUCAUGCCGCGCUCCGUUGCCUCUCGCGCUCCGUCGAUGCAUGCGCCCACUGCGUCAGCUCACCCGAUGAUGACUUCACAGGGCCCGUAUCAUGCUGGUGGGUAUCAACCUAACCUCCACCCAACGAGCAAUGCGUACUAUCCUCAUCAGCAGCCCAUGUACGGCACCUCGACCCCUCCCGUUGUCGCGAACCCCUAUCCAGUCCCUGGAGCAGCCGCACGCGGAUAUGGGCGCAUGGGAGCAUAUGAUCCCGAAGAGGAGGCUCGAAUCGCAGAGUGGAACAGUGCCUACACCCCAAAGGAGGAUGCGAGCAAGAAAGGUGAAAAUGCCAACACGGUCCCUCUUGGUUCCAGGUCUAGGGACGGGUCAGUAGCGGCUGACUCCGGCGCCGGCAGCACUGAUCAGGGCAAAACGAAGCAGAAGACCGUCAUUCGUCACGGUGGUGGCAAGACUUGGGAGGAUCCCUCUCUUCUUGAAUGGAAUCCUCUCCACCCUCGCCUCUUCGUCGGCAACCUCGCAGGUGAGGUGACGGACGACUCUCUCCUCAAAGCCUUCUCCAAGUAUCCGUCUGUCUCCAAGGCCCGCGUCAUCCGUGACAAGAAGACCACCAAGAGCAAGAGUUAUGGAUUCGUCAGCUUCGCCAACACCGACGACUUCUUCCGCGCCGCCAGGGAGAUGGAGGGCAAGUACAUCGGCAGCCACCCUGUCCGGAUCAAGCGAGCCAACACCGAGAUCGCGGCAACCACCAAGAAGGAUGAUAAGCAUGGAAAGCAGGGCAAGAACAACAACAAGAACAAGGCGGCCGCUGGGGCCACUACGGUCAUCUCUGGGGGACCUACGUACAAUGCUGGAAUCCAGAAGACUUCCCACAAGAAGGGGGGACCGCGCCUGCUGGGUUGAAGGUUGAGUACAACUACUCUAUCAUAUCUCUGUUUGUGGCUAGCAGAAGCCACGUCUUGGCGUGAGGCCUCGCCGAAGUUCACUAAGGCUCGCCAUACUGCACAGGCAAGUCUGAUUCCAAAGGUACGUAAGGCAUGCGUUGUGCUUUCUUCUGGUGGGCACUGCCAAUGCCUACCAUUCACUUCCUUUGAUACCCUGAUUCAUGGAGAAGCAGCGUGGUUCUGCUUGUCGGAGGAUAAUUUUGCCGUGGCAUGGAAUCUGAGAACGGCUAUUCGGAUGGGCCCGGGGAAAUAGCAGCCGUGAUCGGAAUGGAAGAUCAAUGGGAGUAAUGAAAUGAAAUGUACCAAACUAUUUCCAUUUCCCGAGCCUAGUGAUGAUCUGGAAGCCUCUUGUAUAAUAUCC